GCCGCACAGUAAUGAUGGUGAGGAAUGUUCAGAGAGGCAAGAAGCGCUAAACACCAGAGACACACACACACACACAACCCUUCUAGAGCGCAAAGGGCGAGUAUCCGGGGAAACAGCCGAGGUGCCAGUCGCGGCGGACGUGUUAGUGGAGAUCAGAAUAUUUUGAGUUCAGUUGCACAGGCUACACCAAAAUGGCUGUUGUGCUCGCAUUGCUGAGGUACACGCUUGCUUGUAUCUCGCGUCUAUAGAACUCCUCGCUGGAAGGCUCCGUGUGUAGACAUGGCGGAGGCUCCGGAUGGUGCCGGACCUGUCCGGGAUAGGAAGUCCUGUACCCGGGAGCAAAGUGUGAGAGGAGCCAUUACCGCCGCCGAGUACACCCGCCGCUUGCAGGAAUGGCUGUGGCAGUGUUACUGCGGGUCCCUGUGCUGGCAGAGCAGCUGCGCCACUGCGGCGGCAUGGGUCAUGAUGAACUCGGCCCCGGGGAGCCAUGGGGACACCGGCAGGACCUGCAGCGGAGGGACAGGAGCGAGAGGGGCAGCCCCCGCCAUGGGCAACACCACUAAUCAGAUAACAACCGGCACCACAUCCACUGCAGCAGGUCGUGAAUAUAUUAUUCCAACUUUAGCGCAAAGAUUCAGAGCAGAAAUGGUGGAUUUCUUCAUUCUUUUUUUCAUUAAAGCAGCUGUUAUUUUAAGCAUCAUGCAUUUUAGUGGAAUAAAAGACAUUUCAAAAUUUGCAAUGCAUUACAUAAUUGAAGAAGUGGAUGAAGACACUUCUAUGGAAGACUUGCAGAAAAUGAUGGUGGUAGCUCUCAUAUACAGGCUAUUAGUUUGCUUUUAUGAGAUUAUUUGCAUUUGGGGUGCUGGUGGAGCAACCCCAGGAAAGUUCCUUCUUGGUCUCCGAGUGGUCACGUGUGACAGUUCUGUGUUGAUUGCUCCAAACAGAGUCUUAGUUAUUCCAUCCACAAAUGUUAAUAUGACUUCAUCAACGAUACGGGCUGUGAUCAAGAACUUCUCCAUAGCUUUCUUCUUCCCUGCUUUUAUCACGUUAUUGUUCUUCCAACAUAACCGAACGGCUUAUGACAUUGUUGCAGGCACAAUAGUUGUAAGACGGAAUAUGAGAUGAUCCAAUCAAUUUACUGACUAUCGGAACAUUUUGGGGUGCAUUCUUCAUAGCAAAAUAUCUUUCUCAAGGGCUUAUCUUUAUCAGUGCUAACAAGCAAGAGUGUUAUCGAUCAAGUUUAAACACAGUACUCUACAUUACAUGGAGAUACUGUAACAAUUGAAUAAUUUCGAAGUGCAUGGGUACUUUUUUUCUAUGAUCAUUUCAGAUUCAGUAUUUUAUGAAACAUUUGUGAAUUGUGUAAGUUAUAGUUCUGUAGAUACAAAAUUUUG